AGGACGCCGCCCAGAAGCAGCUGGAGGCCCCGGCUGCGGACGGGGCAAGCGGAAGGAGAGCCUUCAGAAUUCCCGGACGCCUCAUAAACAUUUCAAAGCCAGCGGCAAUAAAUACGCACAGCUCAGCGUGGCGUGGGCGUCUGCGCCAGCAGCUCCGACGUUCGGCGGCCCACGCUGGAAACCGGACAAGGGUUAGAAGCUGGAAAGGGAAACUCUGUAUCCCAGUCUACAUAAGACAAAGCCCUUUGAUAUCACCCCGCCCCCACACUGGCUCCUUCUAUUUGUCUCUGAUUCUGAGAACACCUGCCUACACGAACCCAGGAGCGAGCCGCCAGGACUCUGACCCUCCCUGAGGUGAAGGGAUCCUGGCUUGUUUGGGAGCUCUUGAUUGGAGGCCGGACCUGCAGGGGGCGGAGCCGAGCGUCGCCACUGGCUGGAGCCGGGACUUCUAAGCUCGCGCCGGGAGGCCAAGGGCCAGUCCCAAAGGCCGGCCUGGGCGCCUGUGAUAGGCUGCUCCGGGGAGAUCCAAUGGAGUCUUCGGCCGACGGUGCAAAUCGGGGAAAACCUAGGCGGCGCAGCCCGCACUGGCGGGGGGCGGCGGCGGAGAAGGAGGAGCGGGAGGAGACGGAAAAGAUGCCGCCGCGCUCGCCCAAGAGGCUUGGACGGAGUGUGGAAGAGAGCCAGAGUCCAGUCUUUCGAGAGGUAAUCAAUUUUAAGCCAGAGCCCUUGCCAGCUAGAAACUAUGAUAAGAUCACCACUGAACCUGUCAGCUUUUAUUUUUCAUCACUGGAGGAGCUUCUGGCAUGGAACCCAGGUAGAGAUGAUGCCUUUAAUAUUGCUAUGAUACCCCUAGCAGAUCGCCAACCCCCACUUCAAAGCCAGAGACCUCGGACUCUGUUAUGCCAUGACAUGAUGGGUGGCUACUUAGGUGACAGGUUUAUUCAAGGCUCAAUGACAGAGUCUCCCUACACCUUCUACCAUUGGCAGUGCAUUGAUAUCUUUGUGUACUUCAGCCAUCACACAGUCACCAUCCCUCCAGUAGUCUGGACCAAUGCUGCCCAUAAGCAUGGGGUCUCUGUGCUGGGAACCUUUAUCACAGAGUGGACAGAAGGUGGGCGGCUCUGUGAAAAAUUCUUGUCUGGAGACCCAUCCUCUUACCAGAUGGUGGCAGAUCAGCUAGUCCGCAUCGCACAGUUUUUUCGCUUUGAUGGCUGGCUGAUCAACAUUGAGAACACACUGAGUGUGGCUGCAGUGGAGAACACUCCUUUUUUCCUACGAUACCUGACUGACCAGUUGCACCAAUAUGUACCAGGUGGAUUGGUCAUUUGGUAUGAUAGUGUAGUGAAGAAUGGACAGCUAAAUUGGCAAAAUGAAUUGAAUGAAAAUAAUAGAGUAUUCUUUGACUCCUGUGAUGGUAUCUUUACCAAUUACAACUGGAAGGAGGACCACCUGGAACGCAUGGCAUCCUUUGAACUUCGCAAGGAAAAUGUUUAUGUGGGAGUGGACAUAUUUGCCCGGGGAAAUGUUGUGGGAGGUGGAUUUAACACAAACAAGUCAAUGGAGCUGAUCCGAAAGUAUGGGUUCUCAGCUGCACUCUUUGCUCCUGGCUGGGUGUAUGAAUGCUUGAAUAAUAAGGAUUUCUUCCAGAAUCAGGACAGGUUCUGGAGUUUGCUGGAGCAAUAUCUGCCCACUCACAGCAUUUGUUCCCUACCUUUUGUCACCUCAUUCGGUCUGGGCUUGGGAACACGGAGAUUCUCCUGUGGACAGGAGGAGACACUAGGACCAUGGUACAACCUAAGUGCUCAGGAAAUCCAGCCUAUCUUUGGAAAUCAUGAACUAGAAAGUGAGUCUGGUUGGGUGAAGAUUCGCAACUGCUUGAUGGAUGCCUGGAAUGGAGGAAGCUCCCUGCUUGUUCAGGGGAUGAUUCCUUCCAACACUGGGAAGGUGGCUGUGAGGCUUUUUUCUCUGAAGGUCCUAGCACCACCAAAAAUUUAUCUAUCUCUAAUAUACAAACUGGAAGAGCCUACAGAUAUCACUGUUGCAUUGGAACUCUCCACCUGGGAUGUUAGAAGAUGUAGCAUUGAGGGCGUCCCAUCUUUCGAUGCAGGGUCAAGCAUUAGGUACACUCCCCAACCUCUCCAGGAGCCCCCAGACAAGCUGCUCAGGUGGGUUGGUAGAAGUGGCCGGCAGUUCAACGGGGGCUGGAUCCAUCGGUACUAUGAAAUGAAUCUUCAGGACUGCUUUUUGCAAGACAUCUUUGUUAAUUUUACAUGCCCCCUGGGUAGCCAAAAGGAUGAAAACUUUACUUGUCGCUUGGGAGAAAUCCAGGUGGUGGAUGCAAACAGCCUAAUGACACCAUUGUCCCAAGUCCGGGAUCUUACUGCUUCCCAUAUGUACUGGCACCAUAACCAUUCAGAAUUGCAUAGAGGCAAAACCAAACUUCUUCUCAGCUGUACUCUCUACUGGUAUUAUCUGCUACCCCAAGCUUAUGGCUUCCGGAUCUACCAUCAGGGCGGGAAAUAUUCGCGGAGAAAGGAGUUGCUAGACUCGGAAGAGCCCACAUUCUUGGGUCUGGCCCAUGCCAAUAUGUACCGGGUGGUGAACCUGGAAGUAGAAGAAGCCUUAGCUGGCCAGGACUGCUUUGUGGAGUUCUUUGUGCAGCCCAUCCCCAAGGAAGGAUUCUUGGUUCCUCAGGCAGAGUGGGGCAGAUUAACCCUGCUCUACUCAAAACCCAAUGCUUAAAAGCAUUAAAGCAGAACUGUCUUAUUGACUACA